UUCUAAAGGUGACAAAAAUAGAUACGAAUGGCGUGAUGCUGAUCAGAAAUCCUAUCCUAAUAUGGCUUGUCACAUGACAUAUGAACACGCGCGAAUUGGACUUUCUUUUUUUGUCCUCAUUUGCGCACUUGCAGUCUACAGAGAAAGAUGGUUGAAAUGAACGUCGAUUUUCUCGAGAUAGAAAAUAGUGAAUGGGAUACAUCUAUAGACGACAACACACUGUCGCAGAUAGGCCAGCUCUUAGUCUAGAGGACCAAGACGACGUUUUUAACGGUAUUACUGAAUUAUCUUUGACACAAACUGCAGAACUGUAUGACUUUAGUUUAACACAGGAACCCGUUACCGCCGAAAAUGUUCUAGAACAAUUGAAUCUGAACGAUAGAUUUGGGAAGUUUUGUGAUGACAGUGAUAUUGAUAACCUAAUUAUAUCCACCGAGAGUAAAAAUACACGAAAAAAUACAAGCUGGAGCGUGAAAACGUUCAAGGAAUGGCGAUCCGCCCGCAUAUACAGUACAGGUUGUGAAUUUCCCGAGCUCGAGAAUUUGACCGAACCAGCAGAAAUUAACAAAUGGUUGAGUAAAUCUGUCGUCGAAGCCCGCAGAAAGGAUGGCCAGCCGUACCCUCCAAAAUCACUUUACAAGCUGUGUGUCGGAUUACUUAGAUACUUCCGGGAAUGUGGCAUUCACGAGAAUUUCCUUGAUGAAAAAGACUCGAUCGAAGUAUUAUGAAUUUCGUCGAAUUCUGAGCACCCGAAUGAGCGAAUUGACAGCGGCAGGAGUGGGAAUUCGGCCCAAACAAGCAGAACCGAUAAGCGCCGAAACUGAAAACAAACUCUUGGAAAAAGGUUUGCUAGGCAAUGGGACCGGAAAAUCGCUUCUGAAUACGAUGUUCUUCUAUAACUGUAAUCUGUUUGGCCUCCGUGGCGUCGAUGAACAUAGAGGGAUGGAGAUCGACCAGAUAGAGCUUGGAGUUGAUCAACAUGGACACUUUGUUAAAUUUAAAGGGAGAUCAAGCAAGACAUACAAAGGAGGGCUAGCGCAACGCCACGUGGAAGCCAAAGAAAUAGUGCACCAUUUCCAGAACUUGAAGUUAUACAACAUGUACAAAGAUUACAUCGAGAUCUGUCGCAACUGUGGUGAAAUCCCAGCGUUUUACCGCCGACCUCUGGAAAAUGGUCCGGACAAUGAACUGCGGUUUAUCCAGCAGCCGAUCGGUCUUAAUAAACUAUCUUCUAUUAUGAAAACCAUGUUUUCAGAAGCAGGAAUUCCGGGAUAUUAUACCAACCAUUCAGGAAAGCGCACACUUGCGACAACACUAUAUCAAGCAGGCGUCCCCGAACAAGAAAUUAUGGAAAGGACGGGCCAUCGUUCGGUGGAAAGUGUGAGAAAAUACAAACGCCCGUCGUCAGAAAUGUUGAAGGACAUUUCAAAUUUGUUAGAGCCCCAACUAGAAAAUAAGGAAGAGCCGCCGGAAAAGCUAGUCAAAAUCGAGAAAAACCAGCAGUGUAAUCCCUUAACAAGUUCAGCGAGUCAUUUUUUUCAAGACUGUAAUGUUUAUUUUAUAAACCAAAAUUCAAGUUCCUAAGUUUCUGUCAACGUGGAUUGUUGUGUGAAUAACUGUUUCUUUUUUAAUGCUAAAACUUAACCUCAAAUUUUUAAUUGGUUUCAGUUUGUUGCUUUAAUAUUAAAACU